AUUAUGUUUAGCUUCAGGGCAAGAUUUUUUUUAACGUUAGAAGUAACUUUUUUUAUAUUAUAAAUAUCUUGUAAUUUGUAUACAAACAAUUUACCUGUGUACCAAUACAAUCUGAACAAAUAAUACAUCAUUUUCAUAAAUUUAUCACAUAUGGUUAAAAAUGGACGCGGCAGGCAAUAAAGAAAAACGGCUACCAAAUCCUAGAGCCAAAGCAAAUAUCUUCGAAAUUCUGACAUUUAGCUGGAUUUUAAAUCUAUUUAAAACUGGACAAAAGAGAGAUUUGGAGAGCAAUGAUAUUUACGAUCCACUUAACGAUGACAAGUCAUCAUUAUUAGGAUUCGAAUUUGAAAAGAGAUGGAAAAACGAGAUCGCUAAUGCAAAAAGUGCAAAUCGGGAACCUAGUGUAUCAAGAGUCUUAAUCAGAAUGUUUGGUGGAAGUUUUUUGUACUAUGGGAUGGUACAAAUGUUCGUUGAAACCAUGUUAAGAAUGACUCAACCUAUACUCAUCGGAGGACUGUUAGCAUAUUUCAACUCCAGCGGGUCCAACAUCAUAGACUCCAAACAAGCCUAUAUGUAUGCUUCCGGUCUGCUGUUAAACAUGUUAGCCAACAUAUUAUUGUAUCAUUAUUCGCAAUUGGAAAUGAUACAUCUUGGAAUGAAAAUCCGUGUUGCUUGUUGUUCAACAAUAUAUAAAAAGGCAUUAACAUUAAGUAAAACGUCUCUCUAUGAAACCACAGUCGGUCAAGUAGUUAAUUUGAUAUCAAAUGACGUAAACCGAUUCGAUAUAGCAUUAAGAUUUAUGCAAUUUUUAUGGAUCGGACCCCUGCAAACUAUUCUGGUCACCUAUUUUUUGUGGCAAGAAAUAGGCGUGUCCUCAAUAAUUGGAGUAACUGUAUUUCUCGCAUUUGUUCCAUUACAAGGAUGGUUGGGGAAGGUGACAUCUGACUAUCGAUCAAAAACGGCCCCGAGGACUGACGAAAGAGUAAGACUAAUGAACGAAAUAAUAUCAGGCAUACAAGUGAUUAAGAUGUACACAUGGGAGAAACCUUUUGCAUUGCUUGUACAAUAUGCAAGAAAGAUGGAAAUCAAACAGAUCAAAGGAUCAUCGUGGAUUAGAGUUUUUUUACAAUCAUUCAGAAUAUUUCAUUUUAGAUUAGCGUUGUUCAUAAGCAUUUUAUCAUAUGUAUUAUUAGGAAAUAACAUCAACACUCAACAAGUUUUUGUUAUAAUAUCGUAUUACAGUGUAUUAAUGACGACAAUGACUGUAUUUUUUCCUCAAGGUGUUUUAACACUAGCUGAGAUGCUAGUGUCCAUUAAACGCAUUCAGUCAUUUUUACUACAAGAUGAAAAGGACAAGUUGAAAUCAGAAACAACAUCAACAAAUGGCAUAGAAAUGUCAAACACGAAUAACAAAAAACAUACAGAAAAUAAAACUGGAAAUGAAGAAAAUAUUGACCAAUCGUGUAAUUUUGGAAUCGACAUUUUAAACGCCUCGGCUAAAUGGAUACUCAAUCAACCCGAUAACUCAUUAAAUAAUAUUAAUUUAACCGUUAGACCGGGGCGGUUGGUUGCAAUCAUUGGGCCCGUAGGAGCCGGAAAAAGUUCAUUGGUCCAGUCGAUUUUACGAGAAUUGCCACUUUGCGAAGGAAGUAUUUCUGUUCGAGGAACAGUAUCAUAUGCUUCUCAAGAACCAUGGUUGUUCAAUGGUUCAGUUCAACAAAAUAUACUUUUUGGUUCCCCAAUGGAUCAUAAUCGUUACAAUGAAGUCAUAGAAGCAUGCGCAUUGAAAACCGAUUUUAAACAACUUCCUUACGGUGACAGAUCUUUAGUUGGAGAAAGAGGAGUUUCUCUUAGUGGUGGUCAACGAGCGAGAGUAAAUCUAGCAAGAGCUAUAUACAAACAAGCCGAUAUUUAUUUAUUAGACGACCCUCUAUCAGCUGUUGACACGCACGUUGGAAAACAUUUAUUUGAUAAAUGCAUUAAAGGUUACCUCAAAGAGAAAACUUGUAUUCUUAUUACUCACCAAAUACAAUACUUGUCGAAUGUUGAUCAAAUUGUUUUGAUGGAAAAUGCUAAUAUAUUAGCUGAGGGAUCGUAUCCGGAACUUCAAUCUUCUGGUUUAGACUUUACAAAAUUACUUAGGUCAUCAGAAGAAACAACCGCUGACGGUGAAAUUGAAAAGACAAAUGCUACUAAUAAAAGUUUGGAACAACUCUCUGAUUCAUCUCCACAAGGCCCUAUCGAAAGUGUUUCGUCACCGGUUGACGAGAUUAAAUUAAACGGAGCUCAAAAAGAACCAACUGAAGUCGCUGAAACUAGGUCUUCCGGAAAAGUUUCACUUAGAGUUUAUUUGUCUUAUAUUUCUGCUGGAGGGGGUGUUUUUAAAAUUUCAUUUUUAUUAUUCGUUUGCAUUUUCACUCAAAUGCUUGGUACUGGUGGAGAUUAUUGGAUAAGUUAUUGGGUUAACCUUGAAGAUCACGUUUUUCGUAAUGCAGAUAUCAAAUCUACGAAUAUCAGUAUUUUAAUUAGUUACUUAUACUCCGACACACCUUUGAUAAUAUCUCGUCAAUUUUGUGUUAUAAUGUACUCUUUUCUAAAUAUAACUUUGAUAUUAGUUAUUUUCAUAAGAUGUGCUAUGUUCAUAUCAGUUCUAAUGGGUACUUCUAUGAAUUUACAUAACAAUAUGUUCAACGCUAUUACAAGAGCCACAAUGCACUUCUUCAAUACAAAUUCAUCGGGUCGAAUUCUUAACCGCUUUACUAAAGAUAUUGGUGCCAUUGAUGAAAUACUACCAGUGCCUUUAUUGGAUUUUGUUCAUAUAUUAUUACAACUUCUGGGAACUCUUUUUGUUGUUGGUAUUGUUAACUUUUAUCUUCUCAUACCGACUUUCAUCAUAGGAUUAAUGUGUUUUUAUACUGUUAAUUUUUAUUUAUCGACAUCGCGUAGUAUCAAACGUUUGGAAGGUGUUUGCCGAAGCCCCGUGUAUGGAUAUUUGAAUGCGUCACUUCAAGGAUUGACCACUAUCCGAGCGUUUGAAGCUGAAGACAUUUUGUGUAAAGAAUUUGAUGGACACCAAGACUUACAUUCUUCGACAUGGUAUUUAUUUAUUACGUCCAGUGAAGCAUUUGGAUUUGCAUUGGACAUGAUAUGUUUCAUUUAUAUAUGUAUUUUAACUUUAAGUUUCUUGGUAGUAAAAAAUGAUAAUUUUGGGGGUGAUGUUGGAUUGGUCAUAACUCAAGCAAUUAGUUUGACGGGUGCUCUACAGUGGGGAAUAAGACAAUUAGCUGAAUUAGAUAAUCAAAUGACGUCUGUUGAGAGAGUACUUGAGUAUACAAAUGUUCCACAAGAAGCAUCUCUUCACUCUUCCCCUGAUAAAAAACCACCAAAAGAAUGGCCAGAUAAAGGUCGAAUUGUGUUUGAAAAUUUCUAUCUACGUUAUAGUUUAGAUGCGGAAUAUGUUUUAAAAAACCUCAAUAUUCAAAUUCAAGGAAUGGAAAAAAUUGGAAUUGUAGGUCGAACUGGUGCAGGUAAAUCGUCGCUGAUAGGAGCAUUAUUUAGACUUGCUCUCAAUGAGGGAAAUAUCACCAUUGAUGGUAUAGAAAUACACGAAUUGGGAUUACACGAUUUACGUUCCAAAAUUUCAAUAAUUCCACAAGAACCAGUUUUGUUUUCGGGAUCAAUGCGUAAAAACUUAGAUCCUUUGGACGAAUACCCGGAUCAUGCUCUUUGGAAUGCUUUAGAAGAAGUGGAACUUAAAACCGCCGUCGAGGAUUUGCCCGACGGUCUCAACUCAAAAAUGUCUGAAGGUGGGUCUAACUUCAGCGUUGGUCAAAGGCAAUUAGUGUGUUUGGCCAGAGCUAUUGUGCGUAGUAAUAAGCUCCUCGUGCUGGACGAAGCUACUGCCAAUGUGGAUUCACAGACUGAUGCGUUGAUUCAAAAUACGAUUAGAAAUAAAUUUCGGUCUUGUACAGUGUUAACGAUCGCUCACCGACUGAACACAGUUAUGGAUUCUGACAGGGUGCUAGUUAUGGAUGCCGGAACAAUGGUCGAAUUCGACCACCCUUAUAACUUGUUGCAAAAUAAAGAUGGGUUUUUGUACAAAAUGGUAGAACAAACUGGAAGCGAAACGUCUGAAUUGUUACAUAAUUUAGCAGUUGAGAGCUUUAAGAACAUUACCAGGAACAAAUCGAAUUGACCACAUGAGUCAUGAAUGUUAACCUGCAGAUUAUUUUAUACAAAAAUCACACUAAUGAUUGUCAGUUAUAAUUAAUUAUUGUUUUUUUUUACUUGAUACAUUUACGACAACACUGACUGUUAGUUGUUCAUAUAUGAUCAUAACUUUUUAUCAAAUUAGUGUCUUAAUCGUACAUUGUUUUUUAACUUAAUAUGUAUAGUUAUUACGAUUUUAUUAUGUACAUCUCCACGUAUUCUUUUCAUAUUGCUUGUUUCAAUAAUAUACGAUACAUUUAUUAUA